ACACAGUCCUGGUUUGGAUUCCUUGCAUUUACCUGUGGGUCUGCUUCCCAGUCUACUUCCUAUACCUUCGUUAUCAUGACCGGGGAUACAUCCAAAUGUCACACCUCAACAAAGCCAAAACGGCUUUGGGCUUAAUACUGUGGAUAGUCUGCUGGGCAGACCUUUUCUACUCUUUCUGGGAAAGAAGUCAAAAUAUUUUUCGGGCUCCAUUUUUUCUCAUUAGCCCUACAGUCUUGGGUAUAACAAUGUUGCUUGCCACGUUUUUAAUACAAUAUGAAAGAAUAAAAGGAGUCCAGUCCUCAGGUGUAAUGAUGAUUUUCUGGUUCAUCUCAUUGUCAUGUGCCACAAUAAUUUUUAGAUCGAAAAUAAUACAUGCCUUAACUAUGGACGCCGAAGUGGAUGCUUUUCGUUUUGCGACCUUCUGCAGCUACUUUGUCUUGAUACUUGUACAGCUCAUACUGUGUUGUUUUCCAGAGCAACCACCUUUGUUUUCUGAAACAGUAAAUGAUCCUAAUCCGUGUCCUGAGUCCAGUGCUUCUUUCCUCUCCAGAAUCACGUUCUGGUGGAUCACUGGGCUGAUGAUUCAGGGUUAUCGGACACCUUUGGAAGCCAAGAAUUUGUGGUCAUUAAAUAAAGAGGACAUGUCUCAGGAGGUAGUGCCCGGUUUGGCUAGGAACUGGGCAAAAGAGUGUGCAAAGACAAAGAGGCGACCGUUAAACAUGCUGUACUCACCCAAAAAGCAGCAAAAAUCAAAUGACUCAAAUGAUGAUAUGACAGAAGAGGCUGAAGCUUUAAUUAUAAAACCAACUCAGAAGAACUCUGAGGCAUCUUUAUUCAAGGUGUUAUAUAAAACUUUCGGACCAUAUUUCAUCGUGAGCUUCCUAUUUAAAGCUGCACAUGAUCUCUUGAUGUUUGCAGGCCCAGAAAUUCUGAAAUUGCUACUUAAGUUUGUGAAUGACAAAGGUGCUCCAAAUUGGCAAGGCUACUAUUAUACAGGGCUCCUGUUUGUUUGUGCCUGUCUUCAGACACUGAUUCUGCACCAGUAUUUUCAUAUUUGCUUUGUCACUGGAAUGAGGCUUAAAACAGCAAUUGUUGGUGUAAUCUAUCGAAAGGCACUAGUUAUCACAAAUUCUGCCAGAAGGACUUCUACUGUGGGUGAGAUUGUGAAUCUAAUGUCUGUGGAUGCUCAGAGAUUCAUGGACUUGGUUACCUAUAUAAACAUGAUUUGGUCUGCACCUCUGCAGGUGAUACUGGCGCUGUACUUGCUGUGGCAGAAUUUAGGUCCAUCUGUGCUGGCAGGUGUGGCUGUCAUGGUCCUCCUGGUUCCAGUAAAUGCUGUGAUGGCAAUGAAGACAAAAACCUACCAGGUGGCUCAAAUGAAGAGCAAAGACAAUAGAAUUAAGCUGAUGAAUGAAAUUCUCAAUGGAAUUAAAGUGUUGAAACUUUAUGCCUGGGAAUUAGCCUUCAGAGAGAAGGUAUUAAAGAUCAGACAGGAAGAGCUGAAAGUCCUAAAAAAAUCUGCUUACCUUGCUGCAAUGGCCACCUUUACAUGGGUCUGUGCUCCUUUUCUGGUUGCCUUGUCCACGUUUGCUGUGUAUGUAAUGAUAGACAAAAACAACGUCUUGGAUGCUCAGAAGGCAUUUGUAUCGUUAGCAUUAUUCAACAUCCUCAGGUUUCCACUGAACAUUCUUCCUAUGGUCAUCAGCAGCAUAGUAGAAGCCAGUGUCUCACUGAAGCGCCUCAGGGUGUUCCUGUCUCAUGAAGAGUUAGAUCCCAGCAGCAUAAUCAGGGGUCCCAUCAAAAAUGUGGAAGGAAGCAUUAUUGUAAAGAAUGCAACGUUCAGCUGGUCCAAAAGUGAUCCUCCUUCACUGAACAGCAUUAACUUCAUGGUUCCAGAGGGCUCGCUGAUAGCUGUUGUUGGUCAAGUUGGCUGUGGGAAAUCAUCGUUGUUGUCUGCGCUGCUGGGGGAGAUGGACAAAAAGGAAGGCUGUGUGGUUGUCAAGGGCUCAGUGGCCUACGUUCCUCAGCAAGCCUGGGUCCAAAAUGCGACUCUGGAAGACAACAUUAUCUUUGGAAGGGAGAAGAACGAGAACCGCUAUAAGUGUGUGGUUGAGGCUUGCGCGCUGCUGCCCGAUAUAGAGCUCCUCCCUUCGGGAGACAGGACGGAAAUAGGAGAGAAGGGUGUGAAUUUGUCUGGAGGACAGAAACAGCGAGUUAGUUUGGCUCGGGCGGUCUACUGUAAUGCAGAUGUCUACCUAUUUGAUGAUCCUUUAUCAGCUGUUGAUGCCCAUGUUGGGAAACACAUUUUUGAAAAAGUUAUUGGACCAAAAGGGAUCCUGAAAAAUAAAACACGGGUUUUGGUAACCCAUGCAGUCAACUAUCUGCCUCAAAUGGAUACGAUUCUGGUGAUGACUGAUGGAGAAAUAUCUGAGAUGGGAUCCUACCAGGAGCUGCUGGAGCAAGAUGGGGCUUUUGCAGAGUUUCUUCGUACAUAUGCUAAUGCUGAGCAGAACGUGGAGGACAGUGAUGCAAAUAGUCUAGUUGGAAAGGAAGGAAAGCCUAUAGAAAACGGUGUUCUGGCAAACGAAGCUCCUGGAAAACUGGUGCAUAGGCAGCUUAGUAACUCUUCAACGUACAGCGGCGAGACAGGGAAGUCGCAGCACCAGAGCAGCACUGCAGAGCUGCAGAAGCCGAUGGCAGAAAAGAAUUCCUGGAAGCUGACGGAAGCCGACACAGCCAAGACGGGAAGGGUAAAGGCAACGGUGUAUUGGGACUACAUGAAAGCUAUUGGACUCUUCAUCUCUUUUCUGAGCAUCUUCCUGUUUAUGUGUAACCACGUAGCCUCCCUGGCUUCCAACUACUGGCUAAGUUUGUGGACAGAUGACCCUGUUGUCAAUGGGACCCAGCAGUACACGAAUGUGAGACUGGGAGUGUACGGAGCGUUGGGAAUUUCUCAAGGUAUUGCUGUGUUUGGCUACUCGAUGGUUGUGUCAAUAGGGGGAAUAUUUGCUUCACGACACCUGCACCUUAAUCUGCUCCACAAUGUCCUCAGGUCUCCAAUGAGUUUCUUUGAACGUACACCCAGUGGAAAUCUGGUGAAUCGUUUCUCCAAGGAAAUGGAUACUAUUGACUCCACUAUCCCACCAAUCAUCAAGAUGUUCAUGGGGUCAACUUUUAAUGUCAUUGGGGCUUGUAUCAUCAUUCUGCUGGCCACACCAAUAGCUGCUGUCAUUAUUCCACCUCUGGGACUUGUCUAUUUGUUUGUGCAGAGAUUUUACGUGGCCACUUCUCGCCAGCUGAAGCGCCUGGAGUCGGUCAGCCGCUCUCCGGUGUAUUCUCACUUCAACGAGACCCUCCUGGGAGUGAGUGUCAUUCGAGCCUUUGAGGAGCAGAAGCGUUUCAUACAGCAGAAUGACAUGAAAGUGGAUGAAAACCAGAAAGCUUAUUAUCCAAGCAUUGUUGCAAACAGGUGGCUGGCAAUCCGUCUGGAGUGUGUGGGGAACUGCAUCGUCCUCUUCGCAGCGCUGUUUGCGGUGAUCGCGCGCAACAGGCUCAGUGCAGGGCUGGUUGGCCUCUCGGUGUCCUACUCAUUGCAGAUUACAGCAUACUUAAACUGGCUGGUUCGUAUGUCAUCUGAGUUGGAAACCAACAUCGUUGCAGUAGAAAGAGUCAAAGAAUAUGCUGAAAUGGAGAAAGAGGCUGAAUGGAGCAUUGAACAAACUGCCCCAGCGAGCACUUGGCCCCAGGAGGGGAAGAUUGAGUUUCGAGGCUAUGGUUUACGUUACCGAGAAGACUUGGAUUUGGUUCUGAAAAACAUCAAUGUUACCAUAAACGGGGGUGAGAAGAUAGGAAUAGUUGGAAGAACAGGAGCUGGGAAAUCCUCCCUUACUCUGGGUUUGUUUCGGAUUAAUGAAGCAGCUGAAGGAGAAAUUGUUAUUGAUGGGAUUAAUAUUGCAAAGAUCGGACUCCAUGACUUGAGGUUCAGAAUCACCAUCAUCCCUCAGGAUCCAGUGCUGUUUUCUGGGUCUCUGCGUAUGAAUCUUGAUCCUUUUGAGCAACACUCUGAUGAAGACAUUUGGAGGUCUUUGGAAUUGGCUCACCUGAAAAAUUUUGUAUCAUCUCUUCCUGAUAAACUUAAUCAUGAGUGCGCUGAAGGUGGGGAGAACCUCAGUGUGGGACAGCGCCAGCUCGUGUGCCUGGCUCGGGCUCUGCUCAGAAAGUCAAAAAUCUUGGUUCUAGAUGAGGCCACAGCUGCUGUUGAUCUUGAGACAGAUAACCUUAUACAGUCAACCAUAAAGUCUCAGUUUGAAGAAUGUACCGUUCUAACUAUAGCCCAUCGUCUGAACACAAUCAUGGACUACACAAGAGUUUUAGUCCUUGAUAGAGGCGAAGUUGUGGAAUGCGAUAGCCCAGACAACCUACUUCAGAAAAAAGGCAUUUUCUAUAGCAUGGCCAAAGAUUCAGGCUUGGUGUAGCAUUGGAUUUGGUGUGUGAGCGUGGGGAAGAGGAAGGUGACGCAUUCGGAGAACUGUAGCUUUGACCGAACUGGUGUGAA